AUGGAUCACCUUCGACAGACAUUUGCCCAAUGCCAGGGAGAAGGCCGCCCGGCCCUGGUCACCUACGUGACAGCAGGCUUUCCCCGCGUGGAGGAAACUCGUGACAUUUUGCUGGGCAUGCAAGCCGGAGGCGCUGAUAUUAUUGAGCUCGGUCUGCCUUUCACCGAUCCAAUCGCUGACGGCCCAACAAUUCAAAAAUCCAAUUUGAAAGCGCUCGAGAAUGGUGUUACCAUCUCCUCGAUGUUGGACAUGGUCCGCGACGCCCGCCGAAAUGGACUCAGAACGCCUGUGCUCUUUAUGGGCUACUAUAACCCAAUCCUGCGGUACGGGGAAGACAAUUUCCUUGCGGAUUGCAAAGAGGCAGGCGUCAAUGGCUUUAUCGUAGUCGAUUUGCCUCUGAAGGAAGCAAUUCGAUUCCGUAAUGGCUGUACAAAGGCGAGUCUAUCCUACAUACCUCUGAUCGCACCUUCCACAACCGAGGAGCGAAUGAAAACCCUCUGCACCAUGGCCGACUCAUUCAUCUACCUUGUCUCUCGCAUGGGCGUUACUGGUGCUACUGGAACACUCAACACCGAGCUCCCUGUUCUCAUUAAGCGUGUCAAGGAGCUUUCGGGCAACGUUCCUGUGGCGGUUGGGUUUGGAAUUAGCACGCGCGAGCACUUCCUGAGCGUGACCUCUAUCGCCGACGGCGCCGUCAUCGGCAGUCAAGUAAUUACGGUUCUUGGUGACGCUCCAGCUGGCCAAGCCGCACAAUUUGUCGAGGACUACUGCUCGCAAAUCACACAGAGAAAGGUCGCUCUAGAUGGUUCGGUCGCUGUGGCUCCCUCAGCUCCCGAGAUGAGUGCGCCUGACUCGGCCGUGGACUCCGAGGGAGCUAUUUCUACCGAUGGCCCCGGCCGGUUUGGUACUUUCGGCGGUCAAUAUGCCCCAGAAGCCUUGAUCACUUGUCUGGAUGAAUUGGAUGCCGGUUUCCAAACUGCGGUGAAUGAUCCGACCUUCUGGGAAGAAUACAAAUCCUACUAUCCUUAUAUGGGCCGUCCAUCUAGUCUGCAUCUAGCUGAACGGCUUACCGAGUACGCGGGCGGAGCCAACAUCUGGCUAAAACGCGAGGAUUUGAACCACACGGGAUCUCAUAAGAUCAACAAUGCCUUGGGUCAAAUUCUCGUUGCUCGUCGACUCGGAAAGACAGAAAUUAUCGCCGAAACGGGAGCAGGCCAGCAUGGCGUCGCUACCGCCACCGUCUGCGCGAAAUUCGGUAUGAAAUGUACAAUUUACAUGGGCGCAGAGGACGUCCGUCGCCAGGCAUUGAAUGUCUUCCGGAUUCGCUUGCUAGGUGCCACUGUCAUCCCCGUCGAGUCAGGCUCGCGUACCCUCCGUGAUGCAGUGAACGAAGCGUUCCGCGCCUGGAUUGUUCGACUGGACACAACACAUUAUAUCAUCGGCUCAGCAAUCGGACCACAUCCGUUCCCGACUAUGGUUCGCACUUUUCAAAGUGUGAUCGGAGACGAAACAAAAGCCCAACUACGGGACCUAGGCAAAAGCCCCGACGCCGUGGUUGCUUGCGUGGGAGGUGGCUCGAACGCAGUGGGCAUGUUUUAUCCAUUCUCUAAGGAUUCGUCUGUGCAACUAGUUGGUGUGGAAGCUAGCGGAGAUGGGCUUGAUACGGCUCGGCAUUCAGCGACGCUAAGUGGAGGCUCUGUGGGAGUUCUGCAUGGGGUUCGGACAUAUGUCCUGCAGGAUCAGCAUGGCCAAAUCUCCAACACCCAUUCUGUCUCUGCGGGGCUUGAUUACCCGGGAGUCGGGCCGGAACUUGCAAACUGGAAAGAGAGUGACCGGGCUACAUUUAUCUCGGCUACUGAUGCCCAGGCCCUACAGGGCUUCCGCCUGCUGAGCCAGCUCGAAGGCAUUAUACCCGCAUUGGAGACCUCUCACGCGGUAUGGGGCGCUGUCGAGACAGCCAAAAAGCUGGGUCCUAACAAAGAAAUCGUCUUGUGCUUGAGUGGCCGUGGAGAUAAAGAUGUGCAAACUGUGGCCGAUGAACUGCCCAAUCUUGGGCCCCAGAUUGGAUGGGACUUGCGAUUUUGA